UUCGAAUUUUUUUUUAACUUUUUCAAAUUUUCUUUUUGUAAUUCGAAAAUACUUUUUGAAACUAUUUUAAAAAAUUUUAUUUUCAAAUUUUUAAUAUUUAUUUUUUUAUUUUAUAAAAUUUUAAAUCUCAAUCCAAUUAAUCUCCACCUCUUAACUCUAAACCCCAAUGUUUGAAUUAGUUAAUCCUAGAGGUAUAAGUGUAUAUUUACCUCUUUAAUGAAAUAUUUUGGUCAUUUUGAUCCUUAGAGUCUAUAUUUGUGACAUAAUAUUUUUAGUGAUAUCCUAGGAUAUUUCCUUUUAAUUAAUUGAUUAAAGUACAUAAAAUGUUAUAAAUCAAAAAGUGCAAAAUGUUAGUGAAGUACCACGGAUAAUUUUUGGAGUACAUUCCCAUAUAAUCGAUUCACACAUUUUUCACUCUUAUUUUUCUCUUUCUAAUUUUUAGCAUUUUAAUAGCUAAGAAACUCAGUCACAUAUCUUCACUGCUGAGUGCUGAUGUAAGCUCAUGGCACCUUCAUACCCCCAUCACGUGAAUCACAUGUAUCAUGCUUAAGCAUUCACAUUUGACACUCAUCUGUCGGGGAGUUACACCAUGUUUACUAGUUUCCUUAUCCAUCUUGAAUUUCCCCUUGGUUUUAAACCCUAAUAAAUUAACAAAACGUCAAAUCAUCUAGGUACUAUGCAAAAGCUCAUGCAACAUGCUGAUUUAGGUUAACGAUAGUCCAAUCUUCCUAUAUGAUCGAAUUUCAAAAUGUUGGGUAGACGUCAAUAGUAUAAGAAGAGCAAUGUGUUGUGACAUAUGCAAUGACCUCAAACACAUCACAUACUAGUUAGCACGUGUCAUGUGCUUAUGUUACGGCCACAUCACAUGAGUUCAUAUCAGUUCUCCCUCUCCUACUCCAUGUUGAUUGGGGGAAAACAAUAUAUAGUAAGCAGUGACAUCAUCAGAACUCUUAUCCUCUUAUUUAAUUUACUUUCUAUAUUUCAACUCACGAAGCUUAUUUACGCAACUACUUGAGGCGAAAUAUUAUAUUUUAUCACUUCAUUCCAUUGUCACACUAUAUAACCAGCUUAACCACAACAUGUUUUUAACUAAUUUAACAAAUAAAGAAAAAACAACAACUCAAUAAUGGAAACUUUUUACCUGAUCCUAUCGCUCUCCCUAUUCUUCCUCUCUCUCAAACUCUUGCUCGGAAAACGGCGGCGCAAAUUAAACUUACCGCCGAGUCCAACUCGGCCAUUUCCUGUCAUUGGACAUUUUCACCUCCUAAAGCUGCCGCUACACCGUAGAUUUCUCUCUCUCUCUAAAUCACUAGACGGCGGCUCUAUUUUCUCUCUCCGCCUCGGCACUCGCCUCGUUCUUGUUGUGUCUUCUCACUCCGUCGCUGAGGAAUGCUUCACUAAGAACGACAUCGUUUUAGCCAACCGGCCAGAGUUUAUUGUUGGGAAACACAUCGGAUACAACUCAACCACCAUGGCUGGUGCGGCUUAUGGCGGCAGUUGGCGGAAUCUCCGUCGAGUUGGUACCAUUGAGAUCUUCUCUUCUCUUAGGCUCAAUAGCUUCUUAUCUAUCCGUCAAGACGAGAUCCAACGGCUGAUAUUCUCUCUAUCGAAACGCUCUCAACAAGAGUUUGCAAAGGUGGAGCUGAGACCAUUGUUUAUGAGCUUGACUAUCAACAACAUCCUUAGGAUGGUCGCGGGAAAGCGAUUUUACGGCGAUAGAACAGAGAACGACGAUGAGGCAAGACACGUUAGGCAGUUGAUUGCGGAGGUGGUUGUUAGUGGCGGCGCUGGAAACGCCGCGGACUAUUUCCCGAUCCUUCGUUGGAUAACGAACUAUGAGAAACAAGUGAAAGAGCUAGCGGGUCGGGUUGACGGGUUUUUGCAAAGUCUUGUGGAUGAGAAACGUGACGAGAAAGAAAAGGGCAACACCAUGAUCGAUCAUUUGCUUUCCCUCCAAGAAACUCAGCCUGAUUACUACACUGAUGUCAUCAUCAAAGGAAUCAUACUUGUUAUGAUACUUGCCGGGACUGAUACAUCAGCAGGAACGUUAGAAUGGGCGAUGUCGAACUUGUUGAACCAUCCAGAAGUAUUGAAAAAGGCCAAGACCGAAAUCGACGAGCAAAUCGGUUUAGACCGGUUAAUAGAGGAACAAGACAUUGUCAAACUUCCUUAUCUCCAGAACAUUAUGUCAGAGACUUUAAGGCUAUAUCCCGUUGCUCCAAUGCUCCUCCCUCACUUGGCAUCAGAAGAUUGCAUGGUGGCAGGGUACGAUGUCCCACGAGGCGCAAUUUUACUUGUGAAUGUAUGGGCCAUUCAUAGAGACCCGGAUAUGUGGGAAGAGCCAGAAAAGUUUAAGCCAGAGAGGUUUGAGAAGGAAGGAGAGGAUAAGAAGUUGAUGUCAUUUGGGAUUGGACGAAGGGCUUGUCCUGGAUCAGGGCUAGCUCAGAGGCUUGUGACUUUGGCUCUCGGUUCGUUGGUCCAAUGUUUUGAAUGGGAGAGAGUGGGAGAAGGGUAUGUGGAGAUGAAGGAAACUGAAAAGGGAACCAUCAUGCGUAAAGCUACACCGUUGCAAGCUAUGUGUAGAGCUCGUCCCAUUGUCCAUAAGAUUUUAGAUGCUUCUUCUUGUUCAUAAAUAUCAUCUUCAGUACCUUGUUAUGUAUUAUAUAUUCAUUUGAACUAAUAUCUUCCUAUGCAUAUGCUUGGAAUCCAUAUACUCGCUCACAAACAAGGUGUACUUAUCAAACAAGAACCUAGACGUGUAUGAGUUUAUGCAUCUAUAUUUCUAACAAAAUAGUGAAAAUGUAAAUAAAUUAUAGAAAAAGCUUGAAAAUUUUGGAUUUAAAAGAUCUUCCAAAUAAUGUAAAACAAAUAAAUAUUUUAUAUUAUUACAAGAGUUUAUUGGCAAUAGACAACCAAGCAAGAUAGGGCAAAAACAAACAAAUAAAUAGGAGAUAUUCUUCUUAUUUGAGUAGAUUGUACAUCAGAUUUCUCUGGUAAACCGGAGCAUUGAAAAAAAAAA